GCCAGAUCCAGGCCGUGACCGUUUGGCGUUCGAUCCAUUUCUUGGUUCUUAAAAUCUCUGAGAUUUUUUGGAUUCGAUUUCUCUCACAUUUUCCCCAGAUCGUCGCUUGGAUUUUCCCGAGAAAAUUCUCAACAAAUUGAGAGAAAAUCACUUCUUUUCAUGAUUCUCAUAUCCUGAGACCUUAUGGAUUCGCAGCCUUCCCAGCCUGGAAGGUCCGUCAGCAGCACCGCUCACCGAUCAAGCUUCGAUCAUGGCCGUCCUUCAUCGUCUUCGUCCUCGUCCUCGUCGUUAUCCAAAUCGAUCUCAGAUGCGAGUAGCCAGAGCCUUUCUUCGAUCCUCAACAAUCCUCACGGUGGGAAGUCCGGGGUCUAUGGCCCCGAUACAUCCUGGGUCGGUUGGUGGUCAUCCUCGACGUUCGUGGCUCCGUCGGAGUUCGCUCCGGUUGCAUCUACGAAGCUCGCUGGCUCAGAGCUCACCAGAUCUCACUUCCAUGGCUACGUCUCUUCGAUCUCGGAGUCUCAUGGCAGGUUCGAGGAUAUCAGAAAGCACGCCAAGGAAGAGAGCUUUGGGUUCGAUCAGGAGAGUCAUGUGUCGGGUUUAGCGGCAUGCCUGCGUGAAGUUCCCGCCUUGUACUUCAAGGAGGACUUUGCCCUCGAAGACGGACCGACAUUUAGGGCUGCUUGUCCGUUCUCUAGCCUGACGGAGAAUCUGACGCUUCAGGAGAAGCUCUCACAGUAUCUCGAUGUUGUGGAGUUGCAUCUCGUGAAGGAGAUCUCUGUGAGGUCGGAUUCGUUCUUCGAGGCUCAGGGUCAGCUACAGGAUUUGAAUGUGAAGAUUGUAGAGGGAUGUAGUAGGAUCCGUGAGUUGAAGGAGACGAUUCGGCUUCUGGACAAGGAUUUGGUCGAUUCAGCUAGGGAGAUUCAGGACCUGAGCUCGACGAGGGCUAAUCUGUUGGAGCUGCAACAGAGAUUGAGGCUCAUUUUGUAUGUUAAUCAAGCUCUUUCCGCCCUCAAACUGCUUGUUGCAUCCGCAGAUUGUGCUGGAGCUCUGGAUAUUACCGACGAUUUGCAGAAUUUGUUGGAUCGAGAUGAGCUAACUGGUCUACAUUGCUUUCGCCAUCUUCGGGAUCAUGUCACCACUUCCAUAGAUUCCAUAAACAGUAUUCUCACAGCAGAAUUUAUGCGGGCCUCGAUACAUGAUUCCGGACAAGCAGACAUGCUUAUUUUAUCAGCAGCGAAAGGAAGGGGAUCCCUUUCUUCUAAUGGGAAGACUGGCGAUGAAGUUAAGUUGGAAGAGGAUGAAACAUCCAGCUUACGAGACCGGCUCCUCCCUCUGGUUAUUGGAUUGCUAAGAACAGCUAAGCUCCCAUCUGUUUUGAGGAUGUAUCGUGAUGCUCUUACAGCUGAUGUGAAAACUGCAAUCAAGAAUGCAGUUGCUGAGCUGCUUCCAAUUCUUGUUGCCCGAUCACUUGAGUCUGAUUUUUCACCUGGAGAGCGCACAGUAGAUGCUGAUGGCGGUGGCUUGUCACUUGCGAGCAAGUUAAGGACUCUGUCAUCCGAGGCAUUUGUUCAUCUUUUAAGUGCUAUUUUUAAGAUUGUUCAGGUACAUCUAAUUCGGGCUGCAGAAGUUAAAAAGGCAAUUGAAUGGAUUCUCUGCAAUAUUGAUGGGCAUUAUGCGGCCGAUUCAGUUGCAGCUGCAAUUGCUGUUGGUGCUGCAGCUGCAGAAACAGCACAGGAAAAUGACGUUCAAACUGGUCCAGUAGUGCCAUAUUCACCAAAUAGGGCAACCUCAAAGAUUCCUCCGUUGCAGGGAAAGUCCAAUGAUGCAUCAAGCUUGAUGAACAUGUCAAUAAAUUUCAGGGCUGACGCCUUGAGAGAGAACACAGAAGCUGUCUUUGCAGCUUGUGAUGCUGCUCAUGGAAGGUGGGCUAAACUCCUUGGAGUCCGUGCUCUCCUGCAUCCUAAACUAAAGUUGCAGGAAUUUAUGAGCAUAUAUGAUCUCACACAAGAAUUUAUAACUGCCACAGAGAAGAUUGGUGGGCGGUUGGGAUAUAGCAUCCGCGGAACACUGCAGUCACAAGCUAAAGCCUUCAUGGAUUUCCAGCAUGAGGCUCGGAUAACUAAAUUGAAAGCCGUGCUUGAUCAAGAAACAUGGGCCGAGAUGGAUGUUCCCGAAGAAUUCCAAGCCAUAGUUAAUUCUCGUUUUCCUUCCGAGGAGUUGGUGUCUGGUAAUAAUGGAAAUGUGGUUCCACCUGAUGGAUCUCUGUCAGCAGAAACUGCGAAUCAAAAUGCUGAAUCACGAAGCGAACAGUCUGAACCUAGUGAAAAUUCUUCAGAUAGUACCGCAGAAGCAAAAUCCAGUCCCUCAGCUGAGCCACUUGAACGAAGCAAACCUGGUGCAUCUUCAGCUCCAAAUAAUCACGGUAACCUGAAGGAACAUAGAAAAUCUGGGUCCCACAUCCUCUUCUAUCAAGGAGUUGGUUACCAUAUGGUAAACUGUGGCCUAAUAUUGCUCAAGAUGUUGUCAGAAUACAUAGACAUGAACAAUUCUUUACCAGCACUAUCCUCGGAAAUUGUUCAUCGUGUUGUGGAGGUUUUGAAGUUUUUCAACACAAGGACAUGCCAAUUAGUUCUGGGUGCUGGUGCUAUGCAGGUAUCCGGUUUGAAGUCCAUCACUUCAAAACACUUGGCGCUUGCAAGUCAAGUAAUCAGCUUUACUUACGCCAUCGUCCCUGAAAUCAGAAGAACUCUUUUUCUCAAAGUACCCGAGAUGAGAAAGCCAUUGUUGUCAGCAGAGCUUGAUCGAGUUGCUCAGGAUUAUAGGGUUCAUAGAGAUGAAAUACACACAAAACUGGUUCAGAUAAUGAGAGAAAGGCUAUUGGUGCAUCUUCGUGGAUUGCCUCAAAUUGUUGAGAGCUGGAACCGACCCGAAGAUGCUAAUCCACAACCUAGUCAGUUUGCCCGAUCACUCACCAAGGAAGUCGGUUUCCUUCAACGUGUCUUGUCCCGAACAUUGCAUGAAGUGGAUGUUCAAGCAAUCUUCAGGCAGGUGAUUUUGAUUUUCCAUUCGCAAAUCUCCCAAGCGUUUUCGCGCUUGGAGAUUAGCACGCCACAGGCAAAGAAGAGGUUGAAGCUCGACGUCGAGCUCAUCCUCGGAUGUAUCAGGUCAUUGCCAUCUGACAAUGUUGACCAAUCCGACGUCCCGAACUGGGGCCAGCUCGACGAAUUCUUGGCUCAGCACUUUAAAGGAGAUUCUGAUUGACAAGAAAGGUUGUCAUUUUGACAAGCAAAUUGCUUUCACUUCACAAUACAUCACAGAGUUGGGUUCUAGUUUUCCAAAAUUCCCGAGAAACGACACCCUUCGGACAAACUAGAGGCAUUUCCAGUUCUUUUGCUCGUAUCGAUCGACGAAUUUCCUGCUGGUAAACGAACCUUGUUUUUGUUGCUUUUCGGGUUUUUCUCAUUUCCCCUAAAAGAAAAAGUGUUUUCUUUUUGUUCUGUCUUCUCGGUAUCGGGUCCUUUGUUGUGGUCUGUGUGUUAAGAGAUACACGAGCUUUAGAUUAGAAGUACAUAUAGAGAGACAGCAGUUUCAUGUGAUGUGCCUAUAUCAUGAAGUCUUGAUUUUUGCUUAAAAGAUGUUUCAAGUUCUACA